GUACGGCAUUCUCUUUCAGAUAGUGUAGAUUUACUGUGUAAACAAGAAAGUACGUAGAAGAUUGCUUUGUCACGUUCUUGUUGCUGAAUUCCUAACAAAUCCACGAUUUCUGAGGAAAACUCAAGCUAAAUCUGUCGAAAUAUGGUCGGGAAAGGAGCCUUUCUGGUUGGGAUUGUCCUGCUCCUGACGCAAACGACAACAGUCGCAGCUUGGCCGUGUGAGUGGGACGAGUACACGUGUACCAACCUGAGGUGCGUCCCCAACCGUUACAAGUGUGAUGGCGACGACGAUUGUCGCGAUAACUCGGAUGAAACUUCCUUGGCAGGAUGUAGCUAUAACUGGAGCUAUACCACUUGGUAUUGGACUCCGAGUGUCGGGACGAUCAUCGGGAUCGUCUUCGGAGUGAUCAGUUUCAUUGUCUUCAUCGUGGUGGCUUCCUACUUCUGCUGCUGCCGGAGUAACAACACCACACGGACCAGCAUCGUGGUGCCGACCCAACCUACCACCGUUGCUUACACGACGAGUAGCCAGACGGUGUACACCCAGCCGGGAGGAUACGGCUACGGACCGCCCCAGGGCCCGCCUGCAUACGGCUCACCCCCAGCCCCGGGGCCGCCACCCUACCUGCCACCCCCCGCCCAACCCAGCGUGGCAUCGCCUCCCCUGGGGUCGUCACCCUACAACAACGACCCCGCCUACCCACCGCCCAACCCGUGGGGCAAAUAGUGAAAUCAAACUCAGAGUUCAUUCGCUUUUUACCUAGAACAAUGAUCGUAGAUUGGAACUGGUAAGGAUAACAUCACCUUUCCAAACCGGAGCCCGACCGGGCUGUUCGUGGAAACGUAAAAAAGAAACGCAUACGUAGAAAUAUACACAAAUAAUGCCCACGACUAUUCUCUUUACGUCUUGUGUAGUUUGGUGUAGUUUAUAUCAUACUUUUCAUUCCCGAUUAAAGCUGCCCGGCUGGGCCCCGGUUUGGAAACGUGACGUAGGCCUUACUUGAACCACUGCAGUACUGUAUUUUCUAUAAGUGUACAUAAUACUAUUAUAGCCCAGAUGUUGUCGUUGUACAAUUUAUUGCACAUAUUGUUUAUGUUCCAUUUAAUGAUUUAUGAGUCUUACCAUGCUGUGUAUUUGAUACGCAAUUUUUUAGUAGACCACACAGAAUAGGAGCUUAAAACCCUGUGCAGUCUAGUUAUGUGUGUUCUAUAAGAGUUAUGUAUAUAACAUUUUUGUUCAGUUCAUAAAGUGUUACAAGAGAAUUUGAUUUGUGAAUUUGCCAUAUAUUUUUAGUGAUUUUGUUUUUAUACAACACUAGUAUCAGUUAAGUCUUCUUAGUCAGAUUGUGUGCCGUCCUGUACUGGUUAAUGUGAAUCUAAGACUGUAGAAGUUUAAUGUGUUUUACUACAGAGUCAAUAAACUGAAAAAAAGUUAUUGCAGACUUCUUCAGAACUGACUUGGAAAGACACUUCCUUUCAUUAUCUGUUCAAAACUGUUAUUUAUCUCCAAUACAAAUGUAGGCAUA